AUGAACUACUUUUACGUCACGGUGAUGAACGUUUUUGCGGUGCUGGGCACUCUUGCCAACAUGAUAGUGAUCGUCUCGCUACUCUUGCUUCCUGAACUGCACAAAAUCGAAUACGCUUUUGUUGGAAAUUUAGCGGCUGCGGAUAUGCUGGUGACCGGAGUUGUUAUUCCAGUGAACAUACUAGCAACUCUUCGUGGUCCGACAAUGUUCCGUGACCAUCCGUGGUUCUGCGAACUGGGCGGCACCAUCUGCGCGUCAUCCUGUGCCGGGUCAAUCUGGUGCAUCAUGGCCAUCAGCGUCGAGAGGUAUAUCUGCAUCUGCCACUAUGCCGUGUACCGGAACAUGUUCACCCCGCCCCGCGUCGCACUAAUGAUAAUCUGCUUGUGGAUUAUUGCCCACAGCAUCCAUCUGCCAAAUGUCCUCGGUUGGGGCCACACUAGUUACUCCGGUGACCUCUACCUGUGUACCGCCGAACUCGGUCUGUGGUCGUACUCGGUCUUCUACGGGAUGAGCGCCAUUCUCGUUCCCAUCGGCAUCAGCUUCUACGCGUACUUAAAGAUCUAUCUGCGAGUCCGUCGUAGUCGUGCUGGACGCCGCCAUCUUACGGGCAACAAAAACCAAAUGCCGACCAGCGCCGCCAUUGGCGCGGAUUCCGAUCCAGUUAGCUAUAACCCAAAGGCACAGGUCAUCCACCCCAAGACGAGGGUCAGCGGUGUUCAAGGAGAAAUGAAGCUGCUGCAGGCGCUUUUUAAAAUGUUUACUAUAUUCCUGGCAUCAUGGCUGCUGAUCGCGCAUGGCAGUAGCGCUACGAAUUCCGUCGUGUACUUCUGGAUGACCGAUCUGAUGCGAACCACCAAAAACGGUUAUAUCCGUCUAUGGAGUCGGUUUCGACGCACACGCAUUCAAUCGCAGCCGUUCUGA